AUGGGAAAUACAAACUCUAGUGAAACAAAAAAUUAUAUUAAAUUUGAUAAGUAUUAUUAUAUUGGUGAUUUAAAUGUAGAUAAUUUACCACAUGGUAGGGGAUUGAUAUUAUAUGAAAAUGGAGAUUCCUUUUUCGGCCAUUUUAUAAAUGGUAAAAAACAUGGACAAGGAAUAUAUAUCGAUCAAAAUUUAAUAAAAUAUAUUUCAUAUUGGGCAUAUGGAAAUAUUUUAAAUAAAGUUAAAGUUAAACGAUUUGAUAAUGAUGCUGUUUAUUUAUUUUAUUAUAAAAAUGGUCUAAUUGAUCAUUGUAAAGUUUAUGACUAUAUAUCAAAAAAAAAAAAAAAAAAAAAAAAUAAUGUAUUACUAGUAGACAGUGAAAUACAAAAUUGGGAAGAAAAAAAUGUCGAUAACCAAAAAGAUGAAACCAUUGACAUACCUAAUGAUAAACACAAAGUAAAAAAUGAUAUACUAAAAUAUAAAAAAAAGAAAAAUAUAUCUGAUGAUAUCAACUCUUUAAAUAAUUCCAUAUUCUACUCAUCAUGUGAGUCUACUUUUAAAUCAAUUGGCUCCGAUUAUAUUUCCGAUUUUGAACAUGAAGAAAACAAGUUUGAAAAGGUGAAGGAAAAUAAAUCAUCUACAAAUUUUGAAAAUGAUAACAUAAUGGACAAUAAAAAAGUAGGAGAAGAUAUGUCUGAAGAAAAUAUUAUGCUAAGGUUGAAGGAUAUAAUAAACAAUAAUACAGAUUUAAAAAUAGAAAAUUAUGAACUAUGGAAUAAAGAACAAGUAGCACAUUGGCUUAGCUUAUGUAGUGUACCUAUGAAAUGGGUUGUAAGUGUUUAUAAAAAUAAUAUUUCUGGACAAAAAUUAAAUAACAUAAACUUGCAUUACAUAAGAAAUAAACUUGAAAUCUUACCAUAUGGGCAAGCUAUUAAACUUUUGCAACUUAUAAAAAAUUUACGUGUCACUGCAUAUAAUACACGCCUUGCUAAUACCCUAAACUUAGAAGAGUAUGAAAAUUAUCUCAAAAAAAAAAUCAAAAAGAAAAAAAAGAGAGAGAAAAAUAAGAGAGAGAAAAAAAAGAAAGAAAAAAAAGACGAUGCAGAUAUAGCAAUGUCAAGUAGCCAAAUAGACAUUUUUCAGAAAGAUGAUCAAAAAAUAAUAAUGAACAAGCAAAUUAAAUCAAUGAUAAACCAAAAAAAUGUUAAUGAUAAAUCGUUUUCAGAUAAAAUAAAAAAUGGGUUUCUUCAAGGAAAUACAAAUAUAAAAAAUUUACAAAAUUUUGUAAUAAAUACAAUAUGGGAUAAAAAUAAAGAUGAAUUUGAAAAGCCAAUUGAAGAAAAUAAUUCUCCUAUGCAUGUUGAAAAAGAAAAGGAAUUAAAUACUAAUGAAGACAGUACAAAAAAAGUAGUAACAGAAUUAAAAAAAGAUAAAUAUACUAAUGUUCAAAAAAGAAUAUCCAUGCUAAAAAAUGUGGAUAGCGAAUAUAAUGAAUCAGAAUCAAGCAAUACAUCUAUCACAGAAACACUAUCAACCUCUUCAGACUCAUCCUUUACAAAUAUACAUUCUGAUGAAUCCUCGAAAGGAUUUCAUGAAAAACGGGAACACACAUCUAUUGCAUCAAACGAAGAAAAGGAAGUAAAAGAGCCAAAUCUUUUUCCUAAUAUCAAUUCUAAAAAUGAAACAAACUUACUAAAUAAUUCAAGCCCAACAAAAUUACAAAAUGAACUACCUAAACCAUCCCAUUCCUCAGGUUCAGAAACUUCCUUUUCAUCAUCUUCAUCUGAAAAAUCGUCAGAAACUUUUUCAUCAUCUUCAUUUUGUUCCGAACAUAGCGAAAUGGACAAUUUUCAUGACAGCAACAAAAUAGUAAAAUAUAGCAACAAUAUAUAUAUCAAUAGUACUUUAGCAUUUUCAUAUAUAUAUAGCUUUAUAAUACCUCCAGAAAAUUUAACAUUUUUAUAUCAAAUAAAAAAUUAUUAUAUUAGAGAUUCAGAAAAUGAUUUAAACCCAAACAAUGAGAUCGAUUUUUUCGACAAAUUCAACUUUUAUAAAAAUCGUGAAAUGGCUAAAAAUGGAAAAGAAUAUACAAAACCUCAAAAAAUGAAAAGCAGAGUAUUUAGAGGUAGAUAUAUGGGUAAAGAUGUAGCUAUAAAAGUUCUAGUAGGGAAUAUUAAAAAUUUUACAAAAUUUCAUAAAGUUUUAUAUAAGCUAUAUAUUUUAAGACAUACUAAUAUAGCAUUAAUAAUGGGUGUUUCAAUAAGCUAUCCUUUUGUUUUUAUAAUAUAUGAAUAUGUAAAAAAUUUAUGUCUAUUUUCUUAUUUGCAUUGUAUAAAAUAUAAACAUAUUUAUUUCAGCAAGCUUUUAAAAUAUUAUCAAAAAAAAUACCCCAAUCAAAAUGAUCAACAAAAACAUGAUACACAAAAUGAACAAACCUAUUCUUCAUCAACGUCAACCAAAUCUUUUGACACUAACUCAUCUAAUAUGAAUAAUAUAAAAGUAAAAAAUAAAAAUAAUAGUAAAUACCGAUAUAUAAACAAAAUUAAUUCCACGUUCAGAAAUAAAAAUAAUAUAUUGUGUGGUAAUUAUCAUUAUUUAUUCCAAAAAAAAAAAAAUAAUAUUCCUAUAUCGCAUGAACAUAAAAACAGCGAUCGAAUAAGCUUCACAAAUGAGUCACAAAAUUUAUUAACAAAUAAAACAUAUAAAAAAAAAAUAAAUAAAAAAUUAGACUUUAAAGUGAAAAUCAAAAUAAAUAGACCAUAUGUUUUCCCACCACUUCAAGAAGAUUUAAAUUUUUACUUUGAAAAAAAAAAACAAAAAAAUAAAAUUCUAUUUAGCUAUCUAAAAACCCAUUCCUAUUAUAAAUCAAAAAAAUGUGAUGACAGGAAAAACAAAUUAUCUGAUCAGCAAAUAAUGAAAAUCAUCAUAGGCAUCACCUUAGGUUGCUCAUAUUUGGAAAAACAAAAGGUACAAUUUCUGAACCUCAAACCGACUAAUAUUUUACUUGAUGAAUCUCUAAAUGCAAAAAUAUCAGACUUUGGAAUAAAAGAAAUAGAGCAAUGCCUAGAUACAAAUAUUAAUUAUUCUUAUAUAGUGUUUCCAAAUAAUCUAAUCAAAUUUAAUAAUCAACAUUUCAAAAAUAAAAUUAAAAAAAUAAAAAUUGUGAAUAAGGAUUCAGAGGAUAUGCUUCAUGUAUUUAGUGCCCAAAAUAAUAUUUAUAAAUAUAAUACAAGAGAAAUUGACAUACCUUCAAACAUCCAUGACUCUGUUUUUUUUUGGACAGCCCCCGAAAUAUUAAAAGGGGAAAAAAAUACACGCUUAUAUUCAGACGUAUAUGCUUAUGGUAUUAUAUUAUGGGAACUGAUGACAAAUAGUAUCCCUUUUAAUUAUCGUUUUAAAUCUCAUCUUGUGGCUUCAGUUGGAUAUGCCAAAGAAAAAUUAUCCUUUCAAAAUAUUCCGCCUUAUAUAAAAAAUUUAAUAAAGAGCUGUAUUAAUAGGGACAUAUAUAAAAGACCUACAUUUGACGAAAUUUUAAUUGAGCUUUCAAUGAUAUACGAAAAAAUUAACCCUAAGGAAGAGGACGCUUUAAUGUCUUUUAUGGAUGGAUAG